AUGGAGCUAAGUGAUGACACUGACAUUUUAUUCCACUCCAACAUCCCUGUGCCACUGGAUAUAACUGUGGCUGUUGUCUAUUCUGUUUUUGGAAUAUGUUCACUGUUUGGCAACACCACACUGCUGUAUGUGUCCUACAAGAAAAAGCACCUCCUAAAGCCCGCGGAGUACUUCAUCAUCAACCUGGCAGUGAGCGACUUGGGCCUGACUCUGUCCCUCUACCCUAUGGCCAUAACUUCAAGCUUCUACCACAGGUGGCUGUAUGGGAAAACAGUGUGCUCCAUAUACGCUUUUUGCGGCAUGUUGUUUGGCCUCUGCAGUCUGACCACUCUCACCCUGCUAAGCAUGGUGUGUUUUGUCAAAGUAUGUUGUCCUCUCUAUGGAAACCGCUUUAACUCUGUUCAUGGUUGUCUGCUAAUUGCCAGUGCUUGGGUCUAUGCCCUGCUGUUUGCAUCCUCUCCUCUGGCCCACUGGGGGGAAUAUGGACCAGAGCCUUAUGGUACCGCCUGUUGCAUCGACUGGCGCCUGUCCAACGAGCACCCCACAGCUCGCUCCUUCACCGUGGCGCUGUUUAUCUUCUGCUACAUCCUUCCAUGCUGUGUUAUUGUAGCAUCAUACACCGGCAUUCUGGUCACUGUGCAUGCAUCCCGCAAGACGAUGGAGCAGCACGCGUCCAGGAAAACCCACAUGAGCAGCAUCCAGGCAAUUAUCGUUAAGUUAAGUGUUGCCGUGUGCAUUGGUUUCCUUGCGGCGUGGAGUCCCUAUGCUAUCGUGUCCAUGUGGGCCGCCUUUGGACAAAUCGAGAGCAUCCCCCCUCUGGCGUUCGCUAUGCCCGCCAUGUUUGCCAAGUCCUCCACCAUCUACAACCCGGUCAUCUGCUUAAUGCUGAGGCCCAACUUCCGCAGAGUAAUGCGCAGGGACCUGGGAAGCAUAUACCAGGCCUGUCUGAAGGGCUGUUCCAAGCCUGAAAAAGGGGUCAGACUUCGCAUGAUCCACAGACAGACCCCUUCGUUCAACUCUGCCACUCAGCUUCCUGCGAUUGCAAUGAAAGACCACAAUUGUGAGAAGUGCAACGAUACUUUUGAAUGCUUCACACACUACCCUCACAUGUGCACUGUCACUAAUCCUACUGCUAAAGGAGACACAUCUGAAGAUCAAGACCCUGCAGUUCUGCAAACAAACAAGCAGAAGGCUCAGAGUUCGAGCCACAAGAAGUGUCUGCUGGCCACCAUGUGCGCAAAAAGAACUACAGAAAUAGAUAACCUCCAUAUUAGUUUAGAGAUGGUUCCAGGGCAUGCAAAGGUGGCCUGGCCCUGA